AUUUCUGUGUUUCAACUCCUCCAAUGACAUUCACUCUGCGUGUCCCUGCACUCUCGCUCCGCGCCAUUGUGCUCUUCCACACCUUCCUCAGCAUCUGGGCGGUGCUCGACGGCUAUCUCGGCACGGCGUACUUUUACGCGAGCUUUGGCCUGUCGAUGAUUGGCGUCUGGGCCUUGGGCGAUCAGACGAGCCUCGAGGCAAUCACGCUCUACGCCAUCGCGCUCGUCUUUACGAUGCUCAACGACUGCAUCACCAUGGGCGUCUAUAGCACCAAGGACAUUGUCUUCAACGACUAUGCCCCCAACGCGCGCAAGUUCUCGUUCGCCAUGGCGCUGAUCAGCCUCCUCUUCAAGCCCAUCUCGCUCUUCUUUGCUCUCCGCGAGUUCAACCGCCGUGGUGGCUCGCUCACCGUUCCCGGCAUCACUGUCUCGUCCACGACCAACUACGAGCCGAUCGGCGGAAGCCCCGACCCUGUUUCGCAAGACCCCAACGCGAACAACGCCACCCCACCCAAGUACGAUUCCGUGUAAAAGAAGAAAAUCACGAAUCACCGCACCAAUUUCGUUUUUUUAGAUUCCAUGUCUGCUUUGUUUUUGUGCUUCUCGCCCCCGCCCCCUGAAUUGGCUUUGGCGUGGCAGCAACCAAAUGCUCUUGUCUUUGACCAAUACACAAAUCCGUUGUGAUGAUUUGCGCAG